AUGUAUCUUGUUUUAGACGUCAAUUCGUUGGAGACAGUCGAAUCCAGAAGCUCUCCUACUAGUGCUCACAUAGGAAGCUAUAGCUCAAAGAGAAUCCUCUCGAGAAACAUAAUCCUCGGCCCGACAAAGAGAUCUCGCAAUGGAUGUUUGAAUUGCAGAAAGAGAAAGAAGAAAUGUGACGAAAGUUUUCCCACAUGCGGUUCGUGUAAGUAUCGAGGAGCUGAAUGUAUCUGGAGAGACUCUACUAAGUUCAAGAUGAAGAGGUAUUCCGAUUCCAGAGACUCUACAAAGAAGUCAGCAGUUGUGCGGCAUGUCUCAACGAAAUCUCCGUCCGAAGAACUAUCAGAAGCGAUUGUUGAAUCACAGGAUAAGAUGGAACUUUCAAAAGGCAUUAUAGAACUUGUUAAUGAUGAGAUAGAUCAAGUGAACUUGCGAUUGGAUACAAGUGAAUUCACGACCAAGAACAUAGAUUUCCUAAUGUCUGAUGAUUUUAGCGACUUCCCCUAUUUAUCACCUACUACAACACCAAUAUUCAAUCCGUUUAGACACCUCGACGAUAAAGCAAAGUAUUUCCUUGACGGAUUUAUUCAUAAGGUGGCACGUAAUUUAUGUAUAGGGCCAGACUGGUGCAAUUACUUUCUCAAAACGUUCUAUCAGAUGGCAGAACAAGACAAAUCUGUUCUGUUCGCAUUGGCCUCUUGGGGAGGUUUGUUCCUCGAAGGAAGCACCGACGCAACUAAGUCAUAUAUGAUCAAGGCAUAUAAAUCGAUUACAGAGAGAUUUCCUAACUUCAACGAACUCAGCAAAGAGGACAUUUAUAUCUUGCUCAACUUUUUUUUGAUAGGCAUAGGUGUUCAUGUUUGUGCUGGAGAUGUUUCUCAGUGGAAUAUCUUAUUUAAGCAGUGUAUUGAAGUGAUUCAAAAGAACGGCGGUUUGUCAGAAAUAUGUCGCAUGUUUGACUAUUCCAAUGAUAUUAAGUGGUUAAUAUCCGAUGUACAGUUUCAUGAUAUAAUGUCCUCAAGAGCAUUUUCUAAAGGAACAAUCUUACCAAUGGAAGAGUACAAUACCAUUUUCCAACGCAACAAGAUCUUGGAGCUAGGUAAUUAUGGUUUGGACCCACUCCAAGGAUGUAUCCAACCUAUUUAUUUGUUGUUAGGCGAGAUUCUACAGGUUUCAUCUGAUCUAAAAUUUACUCAACACUGCUACAUAAUAAACUUGCGCAUAUUGCGACAAAACUUCUAUAAUGAAAUGGAGGAAGUUAUCGAUCAGUUGAAGGAAAAAUUGAAGCGGUGUCAACCAAAUAUACAGCAAAUGGAGCCAAUUAUCGAUGACAAACACGAAGUCGAGUUGCAUCUUACUUUGUUUGAGGUUUAUCUGUAUACCUGUCAAUUAUCGAUGAAUUAUCAGAUCAAAGGAAUGCCGGCUUCGUCAGCAGAGAUGCAGUCAAUAUUGGUCAAUGCUGUGAGCUGUAUCGAUAUUCUCGUAGAUACGAAAUUGGUGUCUUCAUUAUCUUUGCUGUUACUCUUGUGUGGUAUCACAUGUUGUACAGCCACUGAUAGACUAGAUAUGGAGGUGCGAAUAAAGAAGAUCCAGCUGGCAUACGAGGUUGCCAAUCUUACCAGAAUGGUUGAUAUCAUCAAAGAAGUAUGGAAGAGGAAUAGUAACGGAAACGUAUGUAUAGAUUGGGUGGAGGUGUGCAACGAGAAGGACUGGAAUCUUUCUGUAUGCUAA